GCGGCGACAUAAUUCCGAGUUCUUUACAUUCCAAUGAAUGUAGCUAAUCGAAGAAGACAUCACGCCAGACAGCAUCCGGAAGUCGCCCGGUACCUCUCAAUCAUCAGCUACGAUUUUCCCUCGGUGCCUUUUAAAAGCAUGGCAGACCCCAGGACCCUCACUGCAGAAGGGAAGCUGUCUGAAGAGUUUGCUGUUCCCUCCCAUGUAGAGGAGGUCAAAGGGCAGAUGGCAGCUUUUGCUGUGCAGCACAGGGCUGCAGGGCACAGGGUAGUGCUUAUCACCUCAGGAGGCACCAAAGUCCCCCUGGAGUCCCGCACCGUCCGCUUCCUGGAUAACUUCAGCAGUGGCCGGCGCGGAGCCUCCUCGGCAGAGUACUUCCUUGAGUCAGGCUAUGCUGUGAUCUUCCUGCACAGACACCGUUCCUUAUAUCCUUUCACACGCCUCUACUCUGGGAUUAAUCUGCUGGACAGCCUACAGCUGGAGAGUGGAAAGGGGGGUUCGGUCUCUGACCAAGUCGUGGUCAACCAGCAGGCACUUCCCAACAUUGCCAAAAUCCUGAUGCGUUACCAGGCGGUGAAAAAGGCAGGGCUUCUUCUGCCUGUGGAGUUCAGCACACUGUCCGAGUACCUGCACCUCCUCAAAGCAGCAGCACAGGCACUCAGCCCCAUAGGGUCCAACGCUAUGUUUUAUUUGGCUGCAGCAGUGUCGGAUUUCUACAUCCCAGCGUCUGACAUGCCAGAGCACAAGAUCCAGUCUUCCAAUGGACCACUUCAGAUCAGUAUGAAGAUGGUCCCCAAGAUGUUGUCGCCGCUGGUGAAGGACUGGGCCCCUCAAGCAUUUGUGAUUUCCUUCAAGCUGGAAACAGACCCAUCCAUCCUGCUGGACAGAGCUCGGCGGGCUCUGGCCACCUAUCGGCACCAGGCUGUGGUAGCCAAUGUACUGGACACCAGACGAGGUUAUGUAGUGGUGGUGACCCCUGACACUCAGGCCGAGCUGGUACUCACAGAUGAGGAAGCAAGCAGAGAUGUAGAGAUUGAGGACAGGAUUGUCAGUAAUCUGACUGCAGCUCACAGCCAAUUCAUAACCCAACAAGGCUGAGACCCCAGUUAACCAUGCUAGGGCUUUCCCCAACUAAAUAAACAUUUUGUUGACCGAAAGUUCUGUUAUUUUGACCAGUUCAUUGUUUGAAAUUUGUAAGUGUAUUUUUCCAUAUAUAGACAUACCUUGUGUUUUAAUAAAUUCAACUAUAGGCAUUGAUCUUCUGACGCUUUAAACUUAGUUUGAUAUAAGACGUGCCUCAAGAGGGCACCAGAGAUCUAGAUAACCAGAAGAAAACAAAAUAGCCUACAUAGAAACAUUGCAGCCUGCAGGUAGAAAAUAACCUGAUAAAAUUAAAUAUUCUAUAAAUCACUGGCUACACAUGGCCUGUCUGCAACUAUUUUGAAACAUUGUAUCUAUUAAGUUGGGUCUAGCCCAAAGCUUGCACUAGCAAAGUUGCAAAAUUGUAUAAAAUAUUGUGGGCCUACAGACACUAAGACACUUGCACUAGGAUAAGAAGCAGUGCUUGACUUGGGCAGGAGCUCACCGGAGCAGAGUACAGGCACCUCAUUUUUUUCUACUGCUUGAGCUUCUGUUCCUCUUAUAUAUUAGCUUAAGAAUUGUGGCGCUCCUGCACCUCAAUAUAAACAGUACCAGAACCUACACUACCGUUCAAAAGUUGUCACUUAGAAACGUCCCUGUUUUUUAAAGAAAAGCACAUUUUUUGUCCAUUAAAAUAACAUAUUGAUCAGAAAUACAUUGCAAAGGACAUAGCUGGAAAGGUCAGAUUUCUUUAAAUGGGUGUAGAGACCCAUUAUCAGCAACCACCUGUGUUCCAAUGGCACGUUGUGUUAGCUAAUCCAAGUUUAUAAUUUUAAAAGGCUAAUUGAUCAUUAGAAAACCCUUUGCAAUCAUGUUAGCACAGCUUAAAACUGUUGUCCUGAUGAAAGCAAUAAAACUGGCCUUUAGACUAGUUGAGUAUCUGGAGCGUCAGCAUUUGUGGGUUCGAUUACAGGCUCAAAAUGGCCAGAAACAAAGAACUUUCUUCUGAAACUCGUCAAUUUUUGUUCUGAGAAAUGAAGGCUAUUCCAUGCAAGAAACUGAGGAGCUCAUACAGCACUGUGUACUACUCCCUUCACAGAAAAGCGCAAUCUGGCUCUAACCAGAAUAGAAAGAGUGUGAGGCCCUGGUGCACAACUGAGCAAGAGGACAAGUACAUUAGUGUCUAGUUUGAGAAACAGACACCUCAAGUCCUCAACUGGCAACUUCAUUAAAUAGUACCCGCAAAACACCAGCCACAACGUUAUCAGUGUAGCCGGAAACUGCAAUUUUUUUAAUAACAUUGUGGAAUAUCUACAUCAACAGUGAAGAGGCGACUCCGGGAUGCUGGCCGUUUAGGCAGGGUGGCAAAGAAAAAGCCAUAUCUCAGACUGGGCAUUAAAAAAAUGAAAUAUUAAGAUGGGCAAAAUAAGACACUGGAAAAGAGGAACUCUGCCUAGAAGGCCAGCAUCCUGGAGUAGCCUCUUCACUGUUGAUGUAGAUAUUCCAUAAAACAUUUUUUUUAAAUGCAGUCCCCAGGUACAAUAGUCAUUUACAACAUUAAUGUCUGCACUGUAUUUCUGAUCAAUUUGAUGUUAUUUUAAUGGGGGGGGGGGAAGGGCUUUUCUUUCAAAACAAGGACAUUGCUAAGUGACCCCAAACCUUUGAACGUUAGUGUGUGUGUGUGUAUUUUUAUAUAUAUAUAUACACACACACACACGUUACUCGUUACUGCUCGGUCGACUAAACAACCGUGGUCAACUAACAGCCUAAUGACCAAACAAUCGAAAACAUGCUGCUUACUAGGAGACCUGGCUACUUGUAGAACACUAAUGUACAGUGCAAGUCCCCGGGCUUGGGACAAUCUCGUGUACUAAACUCGGUUUUAAAUCUGGCUGUAAUUCAUUCUUGUCGAGUUUGGCUCAUUAUUUUAUCUGGCGUGGCUUUCACCCACCUAGAUCAGACAUUCAUGUGCAUGGGUAAGCAGGUUUCGGUACUCACCGUCUGCCAAAAAAAAAAAAAACUUUACAUAACAACGGCAAACCGAUCCUUGAGCAUCUUAACUUUGUUUCAUACCAUCUUGUCAGGAAGCAGAUUACAACAUGUGGGUUGUGGAACAGUAAUGCCAAACGAAGUUUGACUUGAUUAAGAACAACUUUAUUGCAGUUUCAUUACAACAAAGUAGAUUACUCUGUCAGACAGUAUUAUAUCGGUAAAGUGACAGACUUGGGACAUUAAACCCCAACUGUAUGUUGGUAUUACAUUGUGCUGGAGAAAUCACACAAAUCCCCUCCAGUCCACAGGGAACUGUUGACAGUCUUCCUUAAAGGAAACAGUUGGGUUGGUUACUUGAGUUUGACACUCUUUUUAACUCCAGCACGAAUACCAGACAGCUCUCCACUGUAUCUUGUCUCCUCACGACGGACUUCACGAACCUGGAAUACAUUAAAUACUUUCAUGUAGAUUUGUUUGAAGAACUAAGAAUUCCAACAGUCUUUUUGUAAUUUGGCCCAUAAUUGACAAGUUAAACGAUACACGUUGUCAAUUUUGCUUUCAAAUACUGUAUAUAAUAUCAGUACACAGCAGUGGUUCUGAAAGAUCUGCCUGAAGGUGUCAGUAAUUCCUGCAAAGCACUUAUAGUCAAUCAUUCAUAGGAUGUGUGUACACUGCAACUUCCACGUUUAAAUGUAGUCUACAAACCUGUCCCUUUCUGCGGAUUUUGGCUCGUCUGAACUUCUCUCUGUGUUUGACCCUGGGAUUGCGGUCAAUCUUCUUCCUCUUUGGUGUAAGCCCUUUGUUCUUGGCCAUCUUCAGAAAGGAUAGAUCAACAUGUGCUAAUUAGACUAAUGGAUUAAACUAGGAAGGGAAUAUAAUACUCUUCUAUACAAAGUACAAGAUCGAUAUGAAGGCCAUGAGUUCAUGUAUUGGGAGAAUAAAUGCCUCAUACUGUGCUUUGUACAAUGAAAAUGUGAACAAGAGACAUGAACCAGUUCAUAUUGUACAUAAAGGCUAAGAUGUACAAUAAAUCAUGGCUGCUGUAUA